UGGGGUCUUUUUUUUUUGUUUUCCCGUAUCCGCCAUUUCAGUUUUUGAAGUUAGUUGUCGUCGGCGCUGGAUUGUAGCAGGAAUUCUGUCGCCAAAACGUGUUAUAUGGCCGAUAGAGCGGAAUUGGGACCACAAACAAGAUACGAGUCCUUCCUUUAACGUGGCUGUGCUCCUGCGUCGACGAAUUGAUGCCCAAAGUGCCAGCUGCGGAUGUCGCCUGUUUACUAAACGUGCUCUAAGGCGCUAAAGUUUUUGUAUGAGUGGAAGGCUUUGCUUGUGGAUAACGGGAGGGAGAGCAGGGAAGGCCCGGUGAAGCCUCGGCUUUGGAGUGGUUAUCAUGGCCGGAAAUUUUAACGCGGACGACCGUGGUAGCUGGUACUGGGGUCGGCUGAGCAGGCAGGACGCUGUGUCUCUGCUGCAGGGGCAGAGGCACGGCGUGUUUCUGGUCCGGGACUCCACCACCAUCCCCGGAGACUACGUGCUCUCGGUGUCGGAGAACUCCAAAGUCUCGCAUUACAUAAUUAACAGCAUCAGCAACAACCGACAAUCCGGCCCAGGUUUGGCCCAUCCGAGGUUCCGCAUUGGAGACCAGGAGUUUGACGCGCUUCCAGCUUUGCUAGAGUUCUAUAAAAUCCACUACCUGGACACCACCACCUUGAUAGAACCCAUCAACAAGUCCAAGCAGCCCGCCUUCAUGAGCGCCGGCCCUGGCGGGGGCCCCCCUCAGCGCCUGGAAGACGAGUACGUCCGAGCGCUUUUCGAUUUCCCCGGCAACGACGAGGAGGACCUGCCGUUUAGGAAGGGAGACGUUCUCAUAGUUCUCGAGAAACCGGAAGAUCAGUGGUGGAACGCCCAGAACUCAGAGGGCCGAACGGGGAUGAUUCCGGUGCCGUACGUGGAGAAAUACCGACCAGCGUCUCCGAGUUCGCUGGCGGGGCCCGGCGUGCCCGGGGGACCGCCGGGUGGGAUGGGGAUGUUGGGGAACUCUGACGGCUCUGCGGCCCAAGCUGGCGCUCCAUUGCUAGGAGACCCCAGCCAGUAUGCCCAGCCCACCCCCCUCCCAAAUCUCCAGAACGGACCUGUCUAUGCCAGGGCCAUACAGAAGAGGGUGCCCAAUGCCUACGACAAGACUGCCCUGGCCUUAGAGGUGGGCGACAUGGUGAAGGUGACCAAAAUAAACGUGAACGGCCAGUGGGAGGGGGAAUGUAAAGGCAAGCGGGGCCACUUUCCCUUCACACACGUCAAACUGCUGGACCAGCACAACACCGAGGAGGAGUUGAGCUGAGAGAGGACAACCGGGCCGCCACCAUGACACUAGCAUUAGACCCUUUCUUGCCCCGCCUUCUCUCCCCUCUACCCUUCCCAUCCCUCACACCCACCUGUCCCCCCGUCUCCCUCACAUGCCCUCCAGCUUUUACCCGCACCAAGUACAGUUUGAGAGAAUCACUGAGAACAAAAAACAGGCCUCGUUGGACCCUUGUGAUGCACACACCUUCCAUUUCUGCCCGUCGGAAUAGUCACACCCGCCCUCCUCAACCCGCUCUCACGACUUGCUGGCUUGGGUCGUAAUACUUUACAGCGGAACACGGAAGAGAAACUGAAUCUCCUGUUCUGCGGAUUUAGCAACACCCUUUAGACCCUCUGGCCCUGCCGUAGAGACGUUAUCAACACUCACUCCUCAGGAGACUCCUCGCCUCAGACUUCAACCGCUUCCUCUUCCUGUGUCGGAGCCAGUAGAUAACUGCUCGGCGCUGUGUCAUUUUUCAUCCUCGUCCUCAUCCGUAACCACGGUUACAGCACUGUAGGGUCACUCAUGCUGCAUUCAUGUCGGAUCGGAAUAGAGUAACGCGCUGGGACCAGUGGCGGCGCAGAGUGCAUGUGUUUUGUCUGGUCUGAAGCUGUGGCAAUACAUUUAAUGAUUUUAUGGAUUUUCAGUAGACGUUUUGAGAUGCUCACUUGGUUUGCGGCCAAGAGUCGAGAGAGCGUGAAUUCAUGAGGUAUUUAAGUUCUUCUUGAUGGCCUCGGUUCAAUUGGGUUAGCUUUAGACACAGCACAGCUAGCCUGUCUUUCAUGGUUUUGACACUAAGCUAACUGCUUACAGCUGCUGGUAAGUUUAAAACUCGGCAGCAUCAGAGUGGGAUUCUUGCUGCUUUGAAAUGAAACUCGUUAGCUCGAUAUACGAGGGAAGUUGUGUACAGAAAAUGAUGUCAUUGAAGUUGUAACAUUGGCUGUAUGUCUCCAACUGUUGGUGUCUUUAAACAAAUGGGUUCACUAAAAAAAGAAAAUACAUGGGCACAUUCAAACAACAAUCAUGUUCCUCAAACACAAAUCAUUCUGUCAUCAGUACCAGUCAACUGCUAACAACAAAGACCACUUUUUAACUUAAGUACAAUAUAUCACCUUGUCAUCCACCAUCCUUUGAUUUGUCCCAAAGUGUCUAAUCAUGAGGUUUUCACAAACCAAAACAGGAGACUGUCCAGUUUCUACCGAUUCCAUUUGAUGGUAGCAUCACUUCACAAGACACUCGAGAAGAAAUCAAGAAAACCAUAUUUUCCUAAGUGUCCUAAGAGUCUUGUUUCAGACUGACCAUGCAUGUAGGAAUCCGAGCAUAAUAAACGUCAUCACACAGACAAACCUGCCAUGGCCGCAUUUAUCUCACAUUUGACUUUUAUUUGUCAAAACUGCUACCUUUGGUUGUUCAGGAAAUAUAUAUAUAUAUAUAUAUAUAUAUAACUGAGUCCUGAAUAUAAUUGAUUACUGAUUUAGUAGCGUUUGAGUUUAGUCGCAUCACUAAAACAGGAAUGAACAAUAUCCUCUUAGCAGUGUUUCCUGUGCAACUAAAUUGAGGCAAAUGCUAUCUCGUCAUCAAAAAUGAUUGUUCUUAUUGGACAUGAAUGCAGCAUCAUAGUAGGGUGACCGAAGACUGAAGUGCUGGGGUGUUUUAGAAACUCAAAGAAGGUUUACGUGGGGAGUGCGUCAUCCUGGAACGAAAUGAAACAGCUCAGUUUUCUGAAAGUGUACAGUUCUUCUCGAGGAGCCGACCAAGGACCAGUCCAGCGCCCAUCACAUCCUCCCACUACGUAUCAAAUAAAUAGCACUAACCUGUGUCAAGACCAGCAUCUUGGAGUAACGGCAUGCAGUUAUAUCCACAGAGCGGCCAACCAGAGGAACUGCAGGAUUGUUGAGGAGGUGGCGAUUAAGGCGACACUACAUCCUCUCACCUCCCAACCUGGCUCACCUCCACUCACCACCUACCACCACCAAGUAGUCUUUUGUAAGAAAAAAAAAAGAACAUAUUGUUACGAAAUGAUGUACUAUGUGAUUAUCAUUACAUGCUAAAUAUUGUUUUUGUUAUCUUUGUAGUAUUCCUCACAGCAGGCUUUGUCUGGGGCAAACACUUUUUAUUACUGCUGCAUGUCGGGAGGGAGCGAUGGGUCGUUGGUGCAAAAUGAAUGAAGUGAGUUGGGGACGGGGCACGCGUGCUCAUUCUGCACCUGAUGUACAUGAUUGAAGUUGAACAGAGUGAAUGUAGGCUGUCCACCACGUUAGUUAGUACCGUCUUCUCAUAUUAGUGCUCUCCAUUCAGCUCACUGGAUAUACCUUAGCGUGACAGAGUUCUCUGUGUUCGGAUCUUGUCAAAUGUGUCCCAAGAAAAGUGGUAAUUUUUUUUUUUUUUUUUUUUAAAUUUUUUUUGGGUACCUGCCUUUUGUUUUUAACCUCUUAAUAAUCUUGUUGCCAUCUUGCACCGGUUUGUCCUUUUAAUCAUGAAGCUUAUCAGCACGAGUGUCCUUUGUCUUUCCUCAGUUAAUCCUCCGCCACUCUUUUAUUUAACGCCUCCUCUAGUGAAAAUGCACAAAAGCCAAAAUUGACGUUCUUUCACUGUUCUAUCUCUUCCGCUGCCAUUUCUGCGUUUAAAUUAAGUUUAAAGUAAAGUAAGUAGUCCAGAUUGCCUUCCCUGCCCCCAAAAGGUCGUGAUAAAAUUGAAUCUAUCUACGUAUUGACACCUGACAAUCACCACCCUCGCGUAUCAUAAUGCAGACUGGUUUGGAUUGAAACAGGGUGGGUGUAGCUUAGACCUCUGCAAGAGUGAAACCUCCUAGUCCACGUUAAAUUUGAUCUGCGAGAACUCGCCAUCUCUUCCGAGUGGAGGCUUCCUCUCAGAUGUCGUGGUCCAGUGUUUCCAGCCAGCGCACCAUGUAACCUUUAGGUGGCACUGUAACAGCAUUCAGAAAGACUGGGUUCUCCCUCAAAGCCUAUUCUACCAGUGCUUAUGAGUUUUAAGGAGAUGAAAUUGAAUUUUUAACAGAAUGCACUUGCUGCUUAAACAGUUUGCAUUGACGUAUGUCCUCCUUUGUAGAGUUGUGAUCAUCUUUUAUUGCUCCCACACGUUGGUCUCUCCGAUCAUAUAGCUUUGCCUGACAAGAAUUUUCACAUUUAAAUCUCACGUCGUUAAGUCCCAGCCCCGAGUUAUUAGAUUUACUGUUUGAAACUGUUAUGGCUCACGUCUUGGAAAAAUCUAAGAGUCUAACAUUUGUGUUUACUGCCAGUUUUGACACAGUCCAUUUGAUCUGUGUAGUUAUGAUCAACUCGAGCUUCUUUAUCACUCACGCUGCACGCGGCAGGUGCUUAGCUACAUGAAUCAUCGUCUUAUAAAUUUAUAAUUUUGUUGCCAAUGAAACCACCAAGAAGUAUUUUUUUAAUAGCUCGGCAUGACGUCAUUCGUUUCCUUUCGAACAAAGGAGGGGGGUCGCAGAAUGCCAGUGGAAAUUGUGUUAAUAUCAAAAUGUGCCAUUUUAUUAUAACACUAUAUUCUUUCAAGACAAUUGAAAUUACCUUUUUAUUUUCUGUAGCAUGUAAUGUGUUAAUAUACUAGUAAAUAAAGUCAAACCCAUGACAAACGA